AGAUAUCUCUCGGUCAGAAGUCUCUAGGUCAGAAGUCUCUCCAUCAGAACUCUCUAGGUCAGAAGUCUCUCGGUCAGAAAUCUCUCGGUCAGAGGUCUCUUGGUCAGAAGUCUCUAGGUCAGAAGUCUCUCGGUCAGAAGUCUUAAGGUCAGAAGUCUCUAGGUCAGAAGUCUCUAGGUCAGAAGUCUCUAGGUCAGAUGUCUCUCGGUCAGAAGUCUCUUGGUCAGAAGUCUAUCGUUCAGAACUCUCUAGGUCAGAAGUCUCUCGGUCAGAAGUCUCUCGGUCAGAAGUCUCUCGGUCAGAAGUAUUUCGGUCAGAUGUCUCUCGGUCAGAAGUCUCUCGGUCAGAAGUCUCUCGGUCAGAAGUAUUUCGGUCAGAUGUCUCUCGGUAAGAAGUCUCUCGGUCAGAAGUCGGUAGGUAGAGCUGCGUCUAUGUAGGAAGGCCUGCGUUCAGGUAGACCUGCGUGAAGGUAGGCGUGUGUGUGGGUAGACUUCCGUGUAGGUAGCGUAGGCCUGCGUAUAGGUAGGUAGCCCUGCGUGUGGCUAGGCCUGCGUGUAUAAAAAUAAGUUACACUAUGUAUUCCUUGUAGGCAGUGGCGAAGCUAGGAUCGAUGACCUUGUUGCCGAUACAUUCCAAUGUCAAUGUUAUCCCAAAAAGCCACCAUUUUAUGUUUGUAGACAAAACAAGUGCCGCCUCUGGGGUUACCGCCCCCUCCGCACCCCUUCACCUCUGUUCCUGUUUUAAGGUACACAUUAUUUAAUCUAAUACUUACAUGUUUGGGCAGUUGACUGAUGUUUUAAAAUUGCCGCGUUGCAAGCAUGGUCCCCGGCAUAUUGUUUGUGCUAUUAAAAUGUCCAAUCUAAUUUUAGAGCCUCGUCAUGUUAUACCAACAAAACUAAAAAAAAAAAUUAAAAAAAAAUACUUUGGGAUGGCAGAACUUUUGUGUCUGUUUUUAUUUCUUCAAUUUCGUGACAAGCGUCUAGAAUAAGACGUUUGUAAGAAUUUAAAUUGUUAUUUUUAGCAAGGAAUAAAAGUUGCAAUUUGAAUACAGGCAUUGGUAAUAAGCAAGUCUUAGUGUAACGUGUUGAAUGAAU